CACUGCACACAUACACAGCAGAAAAAUUGCAAUUGAAUUGCAGCAGCGAAACAAAACGAAAAAUCCCAAACAAAUCCACUUGCAAACUAAAUAGAAAAUAGAACUGCAACGCAGUCGAACUACUUGGUAAUCGUAUGGCAUUGUAAUAAGAGCAAGCAACAGAGUAUUGGCAAGGAAAGGCGCACUAUUCGUCGCGCGCGUUGUGGGGAAAAACGCGUUGCGUUCUUUUCCAUUUUGUGUGUGUUACCUUACAGCAGCACACACACGCAUGUGAACAUACACACAACACAACACACAUCCGCGGCCACAUACACACAACGACAGAGGCAAAGGCGACGAGUGAAAGUGGAAGUGCAUCUAUCUGUGAUUUGAUUUGUAUAAUAAUGCGUCGCGCAUACGCAAAUUUCUGUUGCACCAAAGAUUAACAAGUGAUCCUUGGUUCGGACUGAUACUGGGGACUCGGAUUCGAAUUUGGAUUCCAAGUGUAACAACAAACGAAGUGAAAUCGAAUGGCCGAGCAAGUGGAAAAUGCGUUGGCGUUGGCGCACACCAAAGAAAUGCUGCCCAAGUGUUCCGAUUUGGAGGCGUCAGAGGAGGCGGCACUCAGCUCAGGCAGCGACGAGGAGCCCCCAGACUCUGGGGAGGCUAUUAACGGUGAGCUGGACGCCUCCUGCUAUCAUGUGAGCAUGAAAAUGUCCAUCGAUGCGGCCACACCGCGCCUAUGUGGCGAGCUCUUUGUGCCGUUGAAAUGUGAUGCCCUGGCGGCUGCACUGCCUGUUGCCCUGGGCGCUGCCGCCGCCGCCGACGCAGAUGCUGCUGACGAUGACUCUGCCAGCACUCUUUCCCCCGCCCACCCCCACGCUCACGCCAAAGUGGCUGCACAGCUGCCGUCGCCACCGCCCAACCAGGCGAUGCCGGCACGGAGCGGCACGCCACCGUGCCAGCUGUUGGAGCGUCUCAAUUUCCCGGAGGGCAACAUAAUCAACACGCUGCACACGAUCCUGGCCCUGCCGCCAUUCGAUCCAUACGCACCGCCACCCAAAUCGGACGUUGUCUACAAGGAUGUGGUGUCGUUGAUGCAAUGGAGCCUGCGGGAUGACAACGCCAUCGAGCUGGAGCUGAGUGACAAAUUGUUGCACGAGUGCGAGCACAAGAGCAACGAUCCCAACGAGGAGGCGCGCUCGUAUUUGAUGGCCAUUGAGAACAUGAGACUGUUCUCGGAGGAUCCAAAGAAUCCGCUGCGCGAUGCCGACGGACAGCUGCGUGCAAUUACGCUUUAUUUCCAGAAUCUUGCCUUUAUAUUUGUGAAGCAUCGCAAGGAUGAGUUCUUCACAUUCUGUUCCUGCAAGGAAUGUCUCGAAUAUCGCGAAACCAUCAUGGCCAUCAUGAUGGAUCAAUUUAAGGCUGCACACAUGGUGGUUAUGCUGCUGGAUGUACUAAUCAAGGCCUACAGCCCCAUGUUGAAAAACGAUGCUGCCUACAACAAGUUUGAGAAGCUGCUUGAAUGCAAUAAGGAAAUAUAUUGGAUUACCAGCGGCUAUCUAUACGAUAAGAAUGCCGAAUAUCUUGAUUUUAUUGAUGAUACAGCGAUCUCUGAUAACAUGAUAUUAGUGCUUUUCAGCGCCAUUUUGAUGGCCAACAAUCCGAUGCUAUUGCUGCAAAUACUCGCCUACAAUGUGGAAUGCAUUGUGAAGGCCUUCUCCGAGGGCAUGAUUGAGAUUGCCCAGAAUGUGCAGGAGAACGAGAAGAUAUCCGCCGAGAGGAUGCUGACAUAUAUACUUGAUGGCUACUCCGACUUGAAUUGCAUCUCACAGAAAAUCUCGCUCAGUCUGUUUGCGUUCGAGAAUGAUUUCCUGCGAAAGUUUAAGCUGUCGUGGGUGCUGCUGUGCCAGCGACUGUUCCAGCAGCAUGUCUUCACGCCGCUGGGUGACACCAUGCUGGCAUGCAUCCUGUCGCUGAAGGAGGCCGCCCCCUCGGUGCAGACAACGGCGCUGAUCAAGCGCUAUAUGCUGUUCGACGAGCACAUGCACUCGAUUGAACGCCGCUGGACGGACAUUUGGAUCGAGCUUAACAAGUUUAACUUGUCGGAAACGGAGCACGAUCGCCGGAUGGGCCUCUUGGAUGUGUAUAACAUAUUCGACAAGGUCGUCCUCGAUGCCACCUCCUUCUCCCUGCCCGACAUAAGCGACGAUGAGUUCAUCGACUUUCAGCGCAUCGUCGACCGGCAGCUGGCCUGGAAGAACAUCAUGGCCUUCACCAAACUGAAGUGGCCCGACGGCUUCUACGAUCCACCCAACAAGCUCGUGCACGAGGAUCUAUGCAAGAAGUGUAAUUCGCUGCUGGAACACCAUCACGAGAACUGCAAAUGCAUCACUUGCUCCAUUGCCGGCACUCCGCUGCGACCGCGGCUGGCUGGCCACUGCGCCAAGUGCACGACGCUCGGGAUUGUUGAAAAGGAUGCGAAGCUCAUGAAAUCGAAGAUUCUCAGCACCUGCACCAGCGAUGAGGCUAAGCACAAUGUGGCAACGGCAGCGGCAGCCAGCACCAGUUUGGCAGCCCAGCAGCGGCGCUGCAGCGAGCUGCCCCCCGACACUGCUGUCGACGAGCAGCCCAGCGGCAGUGGUGCGGUGUUCCGGCGACAGUCGGAGACCGACAUUCUCCGCACAACAUAUCACAUUGCAUGGGCCGUGUUCCAGCAUCUGACCACGCGCAAGCGCUACCGACACGAGGCCAUCGAGUCUCAGUACUUCUGCGGCGAGAACUGUCGCGUCUCAGCUUGCCAGUUGGCACGCAAAAUUCUUGCCAAUCAAUUGUCGCCGCCGCUGACGAAGUAUCUGCUGCGCUGCUUUCAGCCGCUGUCGUUCACGCGCGAAGAGCUGCGCUCCACGCUGCCAUCGCUGAUGUUCUUCAACCGCAAGCUGGCGCCGAGUCCCGCCGAGCUGCAGGAGCUGAAGAACCAGCACUAUGUGUACAAAACCUACUGGACCUUUGUCCUGUCCAUCUAUGCCAACUUCUUUGUCAAGUUCAACUCCAACAGCACGGACUUCAAGCAUCUGGAGCUGCUCAAGGGGGAUCUGCGACUGCGGCUCAACAGUGUUGUCGGCGACAAGGACGACGGCCGUUUCGAGCAGUUUCUAGCACAGGUUAUUGGAUACUCUCCCUUCAAGAUCACCGACGAUUUCACGCUGGGAGAUGCCAAUAUAGAGAAAAUGCAAUUUGGCGUCGAUCAACUGAUGAUGUUGCACGACUCUCAGAUAAUCAAACGCAGCAAGCCGGACAGCACCACUGGCUUGGGCGCGUCCAAGUCGAAGGCGAGUGACAUGACCAUGACGCAGCCGGGCGGUCGAUCCAACGAUGGUGGCGGCUCCAAGAAGAGCAAAGAGAAGAUGCGCAAGUGCUGUGCUGACUACGCGGACAUUGGGGAGCCGUGCAAGGAGAAUCACUCGAAGAAGCGCGUGAAGAAGGAGUGCAGCCAUGCGCGCUACAACGAGACUCGCGAUCGCCUUCGCAAGAAGUUGUCGCAGAUUGUCAACGAUCGGAAGAGCAAGAAUGCCCAAGAGGCGGGCACUCCGCCCACACCAACUGCUGCUCCUGCUCCAGCUCCUGCACCUGCACCAGCCAAGGCCAAGGCGAAGCCAGAGCUUGAGGCAGUCACAGUCGCAGCUGCAUCCGCAGCGAACCCACCAAAACGCCCACCCAAAGCGGAGUCCGUGCAGAACAAUCCGCCCACUCUGAAAGUUUGUGCCACCGCUCAACUGCAGUCGAGCCUAUCUGCUCCGGCGGCAGCUCUAACACCAGCGCCAGCAGCCCUAAACGAGAUGGGGGAUGAGGGCAAGCGGAACAACGACAGUCUGCUGUGCCUGCACAGCCUCUGCAAGAGCAUACCGGUGCAGCCGGAUGCAGCCACAGCUGCGGAUUGUAAUGAUGAUGAUGAUGACGAUGGAGAUGUAGCUGAUGAUGAAGAGGGGGCUGCUCUUGAGGGUGGCAGCACCACCAACAGCUAUCCCGGCGACUACACCAAGGAGGAGAUGAUGCACGACUUUGCCGAGUUCCUGGGCAGCUAUACGCGCGAGCAGGAUCAGCAGCGUUGGAUCCACGAGACUCUGAACUUUAUCGAGGGCAAGUCACAGCAGCCGCAGACCAUGAACCCGAAGAAGGCGGCCAAGAAGGCCAAGCAGAAGCAGCGCAGGGAGGAGGAGAAGCGCAUCAAGGAGCUGGAGGAUCUGCGCAGCCAGUUCCUUGGCAUCUACUUCAAGGAGUUCGUCGACAAGUACGAGAUGAAGGCCCUGACGGCUGCUGGCGGCCGAAAGCGCGAAAAGAAGCGCAUCAGCGAGCUGGAGGCCAACAUCAAGAAUCUCCAGAGGGCCAAGGGCAAGGUAGAGACGGGCAUACUGGAGCUGAUUGCCACCGUGAAGCAGGCCAACAGCGACUUCAAGUUCUCCUACCUACCCACGAAAGAGCAGCAGCUGGCCAAGCUGGACGAGAUCGUCAAGGGACGCUGCACCAGCGGCGCCGAGCCCGCACAGCCAGCGACCACCACACUCCAGUAUCCAGACUUUAGCAGCGAAUGCCCCACCACCUCCUUCUUUCCGGGACAACAGAACACUCCUUCGGUCUGCUACGCUCCGCCCCAACAGCAGCAACAACAACUGUUCCAUUCCAUCACUGCCGAUCCCUCGAAGCGCAUUGUGACCAUUCGACGUGUUCAGCUGCCCCAUCCAGGGGCCGAGCAGCAGGUGACUGUGGUCGCCAAGGGCAGCGCCCCGCACGAGGACAAGCUGCUCUAUACAUUCGUCAACGGGCAUAUGGUGGCCUCGGCUCAUCCCGACACAGUUGCAGCUGCUUCCCCGCAUCCACGGCAGCAGCCUCCGCCAGCUCCCAGUGUUCCGGAGAAGAGUGCCAAGGCCAAGAAGAAAGAGGCUAAGAGAGCAGCAGCGGCGGCUGCUGCUACCGCGGCUGCUGCUGCUGCCACUGCUGCUGCUGCUGCUGCUGCAGCUGCUGCAGCCGCUGAACAGGAAGCAAAGAGUCAGAACAACGCCGCCAAGAGCAACAAAAAACAACAGAAAAAGAAGGCUGUGGCAGCUGUGCUGGGUGCUUCGAGUUCUGGCUCCAACAGCAGCUCCAAAUCCCACACACCACAAAGCAGUGCCGUCAACACGCGGGAGAACUCCGUCUGCAGCGUACCACCGAAGGCUGCAACGAGCAAAAAGUCUGCCAAGACUGCUCCGGCGGAGGUGAAACCGACAAAAGUGCGGCCCACAGAGGCCAAGCCCAAGGCCACGCCCUUGCCAGAGCCCCCAAAAAAACAGAAGCGCGUCAAGCCCAGGCUGGAUCAGGGACAGCUUGACAAUAAUCCAUUCAAGUCGCUUCACAUGCAGGACUCUUCGGAGGGUGACUGUUCCACAGCCAGCGAGUCGGAGGAGAUGCCUGUCCUGCCGCCUCCUCCUAAGGCGGUUCCCAAAGUGUUGGCGCCGAAACAGGCGCCCCCUCCUUCUGCUGUCCCUCCAUUGGCCAGCAAGCCGAAAGCAGCUGCCACUCCGGCUCCGGCUCCCGUUAAGCACGUGAAGUCGGAGCCUGUGACGCAAAAGUCCCAGCAAUCGCAGGUUUCCAAGAAUCCGCCACAGACGAGUGCUAAUCCACGCAAGGGCGCCGCUUCCUCGACCAAGACGGCACAGAGUCAACAGCAGCAGCAGCCUGCCAAGACACAGGCGCAGCGCAGCACAGAGUCCUCAAGAAAGCAAAAAGUUCAGGGGCAUGCCGAUCGGCAACAGCAGCAACCGCAUCAGCAGCAGUUACAGCAGUUGCAGCAGCCGCAGCCCCAUCAGCAGCAGUCAGCACGCGGUGGUCGUGGCAGUGGUAGAUCAAAGCCACAGCAGCAGCAACAGCAGUUGCAACACUCCGAUUCCAUCUCGAAUGUGGGAGAAGCCAGUACAGCACCAACCGGUGCAGCAAAGCGAUCGCAGCGCGGCAAGCGCGGACAUCGCCAGAAGCAGGAAGAUCUCUCUGGCAUUCCACACAACAUGGGCUAUUUUAAUCCCAACGAAGUUGCCAUUCCACCGGCCAUGUCAGCGGCGGCGCCACAUGCCCCCGGGAGUGCCGGAAGUGGCAGCUAUGCGAGCACUCUGGCCCAGCAAAUGCAGCACUUGCGCAUCAGCAAUCCCUCCUCGUCAUCAAAGCAACUGCAGCAGCAGCAGUCGCCCAACUGCAGCAUUAUGGAUCAACUGAAUCGCGGCGUUCAGGUGGAGCAUCUGUCCCUGCCGCCGGGCAUAACGCUCACCAAGGUGGAUCCAGCCAAGAGCGAGCAGCUGCGCCAGAAGAGCGAGUCCAUCCGUCUGCUGUCCAAGCCGUUGGUCGAUCAGCCGCAACAGCAGCAGCAUCAGCACCAGCAGCACCUCCAGCAGCAUACCUUCCAACAGUCACAUCUCAUGGCUGGCUACUACGGGGCAGCAGGUGCCGCCGGAAUGGAUCCCAAUGCCGUCAUCAUGGUGGAGGCCAAUCCACGUCCCAAUCGCAAUAGCCAGUCCUUUGCCGCCUCCAAUGUGGCAGCGGCUGCCUCAGCGGCGAGUGCCAGUGGCAGUGGCAAAUCCUCCCGACGCCGUCGUCGCAAUCGUGGCAAGUCCGGUGGCGGCAGUGCUGGUGGAGGUAACUCCGGGGGCGGUGCCAAUAAGCAGCGGGCUGGCGGCGGAGGAGGGGAUCACCAAAAGGCUGUCGCCGCAGCAGCAGCAGCAAACGCAGCGACCAUCGAGGCCAGUGCUGGGGGUAACAUCAUCACCCUGCGCAAUCCCAUGUUCCAUCAGGGCAACGGGCCAGCAGCAGUCGCCGGCAGCAUGAUGCCGCCCAAUCCGAAUCCCAUGCCAACGCCGGCACGAAACUUUGGCGGUGGCCUGCCCGCUGCCCCCCCACCGAUGGGUGGCGUGGAUCCGCCUGCGGCGAUUAUUAAGAAUGAGAACGGAAUGUUCACCAUACGCAAUCCGGCCCUGCACCAGGCUGUCACAAAUGGCCUGGCCAUGGGCGGCUUCCGUCAGUUCAGCAGCAAUGUCAGCUACUACACGCCCCAGGAGGCGGCGGCCGAGGCAGCGCGGGCCACACAGCAGAAGCAGCAACAGCAGGCUGCGGCUUCCAGUCACAGCAGCAGCAGCAGCUCCUCUGUGGCAGCGGCUUCCAGCGAUUUCUCAUACUUCUCCAGUGGUUCGGUUAGCGGCAGUGGCAGUGGCAGUGGCACCAACGGCAACGGAACGCACAACAAUAUCAGUAUUAGCUGUACAAACGUUCCCCUGGGCAGUGGCUCCGCCAACAGCCCUGGACGGCUGACGGGCGAGGCGGCGGUGAUCGCCCGUCCAAAGCAGUCACAGAAGUGUCUGUCCGCCAUUGGCAGCGAGCUGAAGCAAAAGACCAAAGACAGCCACUCGACAGCCGCCGCCACCUCGUCGAGCCAAUGGUCCAGCUUUGGCCAACAGCAGCAGCAGCAACAGCAGCCGGAGUAUGGUCCAGGCGUAGGACCAGGCGGUUCCGUGUUGCAGGAGAAGUACCAGCAGUCGAGCUACUACAACGGCUUCGAUGUGUUCUCCGCUAGUCCCUCCCAGGUGCCGUGUGGAGGACAGAGCAGCGGACAAAGCGACUGUCAUGCUAUGCAUCAUAGCUGUGGCGACGACUCGCCGCCGCCCACCAUCACUGGUUUCAAUUCCUACCUUGAGGGCAUACCCAACACUGGCGUCAUACGCUACGACGACGCCGCCUUCCUCAAGAACUUGAUACCGGGACAGCAUCUCAACAACGAGGUCUCGAUACACAAUAUCUCGGAGUCCAACUUCACGCGCAACAACACAUCGCCGGCGCCGCAUCGCGUGGAGAUAACCAGUGUGUUUGGCAACCGGGUGCAGCACUCCUCCAAUGCCAAUCCCUACGAGCAGCAGUCAUCGCAGACGGGGGUCUCCUCCAGCGGAAGCUACUGCGAUAGCGUAGGCGCAGACUAUGGCAGUGAUUCCCACCUGUUUGUGCAGAGCGGCAUGAUGCCACGAUUGUCACAGCCGCCGGCGGGUCCCGGUCCGGAUCCCUUUGUCUAUGACUUUGAGUCGGCCAGCCAGCAGUCCAAGGCGGCCAGCGUGGCCAGCGAUUUGAACGAAUUUCUGCGCCGCAGUCCGCUCAGCCAGCGCACGUCGCCAUACAGUCCCGACGAGAAUGCGGCAGCUCUGGAGACCUUUGUCCAGAACAUGAAUGCCCUGCAGAUAGCGAGCGAUGCCGAGCAGUGCUCGCGUCUGAACGGAACUGGAGGCGGCCCGAAUGAUGCAACCGUGGCGGAUGCAACAGCUGGAGGCGCAGCCGCCGCUGCCUCCUGGUGGUAAGCACACAACGGAUCGGAGGCGCUGACAAAACUUGCUGCAUGGCCAACACAAAAAGAGAACCCAACGCAUCCUUCACACACAUCCACGCGGUAGCCACGCCCCACGAUAGCGCCACGCCCCAUUACGCAGACAUUUCAUUGAUAAGAGAAAAGAAACGUAAAUUAAAUUAAACAAAAUGAAAAAAACAGGAAACGGAUCCAAGAAAUGAUUCAAAAUGGCUUAAAAGUCAAUUUCGAUGUUUCAACAAAAAAGCGAAAAAAAUAAAAGAAAAUUUACUUA